CGGACGACGGCUAAACAAGAUGGUUGCCGUUUGCGAGAUUCAUUCCUGUGGCGAUAAUGCCGUUGAAAUUGUCUUUAAACUAAGCAAACCCGAUAAAAACGAACUCUGCUUGAAGAAGGAGAAGAAUGUUCCAAAAUAUAAGGAACCGUACAUCAAACUGCCUGAUGGUAAUUUGUUACAUGGAACGAUGACGACGAUGAAGGCUAUUGCAAGGACUACAAAAUGUGAUAUUCUGGGGAAAGAUGCUUUGGAAGAAGCGGAAGUUCAACAAUGGAUGGAGUAUUGUCUUACGAAAAUUGAUGCAUCUCAAAAUGAUAAGUCAGAAAUGAAAGAAAUAAUUAAGUUGCUGAAUACAUUUCUUGUUGACAAAGUAUACUUUGUUGGUUAUUCAUUGACUCUUGCGGAUCUUUUGAUCUUUUCAAUGUUGUUCAACGUCUAUGAAAAUCUGACAUAUGAAGAAAAAGAGAAAGUUAUCAAUGUAUCAAGGUGGUUUAAUGAGGUUCAGAAUGUUUUGUGUGCUUCCGAUAAACGUAGAGGAAAGGUAGCAUUUGUUCGUAAUUUACUCUAUUGAAUGAUAUGAAAUGUUCAGAGUUUGUAUCGAUAAAUACUCCUCCAGAAGAAAUUGAUAAAUGCUCCUCCAGAAGAAAUUGAUAAAUACUCCUCCAGAAGAAAUUGAUAAAUACUCCUCCAGAAGAAAUUGAUAAAUACUCCUCCAGAAGAAAUUGAUAAAUCCUCCAGAAGAAAUUGAUAAAUGCUCCUCCAGAAGAAAUUGAUAAAUACUCCUCCAGAAGAAAUUGAUAAAUACUCCUCCAGAAGAAAUUGAUAAAUACUCCUCCAGAAGAAAUUGAUAAAUACUCCUCCAGAAGAAAUUGAUAAAUACUCCUCCAGAAGAAAUUGAUAAAUACUCCUCCAGAAGAAAUUGAUAAAUACUCCUCCAGAAGAAAUUGAUAAAUACUCCUCCAGAAGAAAUUGAUAAAUACUCGGAGGGAAGGAACAAGGAGUUAUUAUAGACUUCUGUAUAUUUAUUGUACAUAUCAUGUAUCAUACCCAUCUUAAAUGAUAAAUUUCUCAUUUUAUUUGUCUCCCCAACAAACUUACAGUUGAACUGGGGGUUUUUUUUCAACAUAUUUGUUGACUUCAUGAAUUAUUUUAAUGUAUUUUUCAUACAUUCAAUUGUCAGAAGUCGUAUUUCUACAUUA